AUGUCUCCAAGUGACAAAUUCGCUACUUUGGCUGUUCACGCCGGUGAACACACCGAUGUCCACGGUUCUGUCAUUGAGCCGAUCUCUUUGUCGACAACUUUCAAGCAGUCCUCCCCUGCGAACCCAAUUGGUGUCUACGAGUACUCUCGUUCGCAGAACCCUAACAGGGACAACCUGGAGAACGCCAUUGCCGCCUUGGAAAAGGCCCAGUACGGGCUUGCGUUCUCCUCUGGGUCCGCAGCGACAUCUGUGAUAAUGCAGUCCCUUCCACAAGGUUCUCACGCCGUGUCUAUCGGCGAUGUCUACGGGGGUACCCAUAGGUACUUUACAAAGGUCGCCAACACGCACGGUGUGGAAACGACUUUCACAAACAACCUGCUGGAGGAGUUGCCAAACCUAGUCAAGGACAACACCCGUCUCGUCUGGAUCGAGUCUCCAACUAACCCAACGUUGAAAGUAACUGACAUCCAGGCUGUCUCAAACGCCAUCAAGAAGAUCAACAAGGACAUUUUGCUUGUCGUCGACAACACUUUCUUGUCCCCCUACCUGUCCAACCCACUGACCUUUGGUGCGGACAUCGUCGUGCACUCUGCGACAAAGUACAUCAACGGUCACUCUGACGUCGUUUUGGGGGUCCUGGCCACCAACAGCAAGGACAUCUACGAAAGAUUGCAAUUCCUACAGAAUGCCAUCGGUGCGAUCCCAUCGCCAUUCGAUGCGUGGUUGACCCACAGGGGGUUGAAGACGCUGCACUUGAGAGUCAAGCAGGCGUCCGUCACAGCGCAGAAGAUCGCCGAGUUCCUCUCCGCGAGCAAGCACGUCGAGGCGGUCAACUACCCUGGUUUGAAGACCCAUCCAAACCACGCCGUUGUUCAAAGACAGCACAGAGAUGCCCUCGGUGGUGGUAUGAUCUCCUUCAGAGUUAAGGGCGGUGCCGCCGCCGCUGCCAAGUUCUCUUCCACGACGAGACUGUUCACUCUCGCAGAGUCCCUCGGUGGGAUCGAGUCCCUACUGGAGGUCCCAGCUGUCAUGACCCACGGAGGUAUUCCAAAGGAGUCCAGAGAGGCCUCCGGCGUCUAUGACAACCUCAUCAGACUGUCCGUUGGUAUCGAGGACACGGAGGAUCUACUGGAGGACAUCAAGCAGGCGCUGGAGGCGGCCGCGGAGAACUAA